UCCCUGACUCAGGCUGUAAGAGGACACCAGUCUGGACUGGAAGGCUGUGUCCACAAAUACCCAGUGGCUAAACCCAGACACACGCACACACACACACACAUACACACGUACACACACACAGCUACACUUCACUUCACUUCAGACUAGUCAAAAACUAACGUAACAACGAAGAAAGAAGUUCCAGUCAACAUGAAGUUUUCUCUGAGGAUCGUUGUACUCCUGGUUCUCCUUGGUGGAACAUUAGCAGAUUUAGGGUUUGACCUGGCGGAUGCCAUUGACGAUGAUGAUGCAAAACCAACACCUCCAAAACCCAAGGAGCAACCAGAGAAAGAAAAAGAGAAGCCCAAAACUGAUGGUGGGUUUGACCUUCUAGAUGCAUUUGGUCCAGAUGUGGUACCGACCAAGAAACCCAGUAAACCAAGUUCUGGAGAUUCUGGUGGCUUUGAUUUAAAUCUGGAGGAUGCUCUGGGUCCAGACACCAACCCCAAACCUGACAAACCUGUUGUCAACCCACCAAAGAGUGGAGAAGGUGGUGGAUCGUUUGGUGACUCUGACUUGUUUGAUGUUAGUGGUGGGGACUACAAGCCUGAUGGCGGCCGCUCAGGAGGAGGUGGUGCAGUGGACCCUGGCUAUGAUCCUCACGGUGGUGCUGACCAGCCUCAAGAAGCUGGAUCUGGAGCAAUUGCAGGGAUCGUCAGCACCAUAGGAGUUGCUCUGUUGGGAGCAGCUUCCAGUUACUUUGCUUACCAAAAGAAAAAACUCUGCUUCAAGAUACAAGGAGGUGCAGAUCCAGAGAGUGGGAAAGGUCAGCAUGGUACUCACUCUGAUCCUCAAGUUCUCAGCAACUUGCUCAGGACCAACUAGAUGCCCUCUCAUCAGCACAAGAUGAGAGACACAGACCUUCAGUCAACAUUCAGUUGUCUCUGGUACAGAAAAUCAGACUUUCUCUGGGUCUCUCUGCAGCCAGAGUCGAACUUAAAAUACAGUCAGUUGUAUAUCAUUUAUUUUUUCUUUCUUUUUAACUAAAUCAUAAUCCUUUUUAUUAGAACAGCUGAGUGAUGAUUUCAACACAUAGGAGUUUUGCACAGAAAUUUGGGUGUGUGUGACAACUGGACCCAUGAAUACAUCGUUUUGUUUUCCUUUCUGUCUGUCAGACCUGACAUUUUAGUAAUACUGUACAUAUGUGUUGUUUAACAUGGUUGCUGCAUGGGUGGGGUCAGGUAAGGUGUUUGCUACAGAUGUUUUUUUCUUGUGAUCUUGAGGGAAUCAGUAUAGCAGACCCCACCCAAGCCGGCAUCUGAGAAGGAUCGGAAUCGAACUGUCAUUGUAUCUGUAUCUGUCUGCUCAGAGUGGAUGUACAGUAUUUUCUCGUUUGUGCCUUAAAUCCUCAAGGGCUGGUUCACCCACAUUAUAAGAAAAAAAAAAAGCUUUUGUGGUAUUUAGGCUUGCACAUAGUUUUAUUUGUCCAGGUAUCCAGUCUACGAUUUCUGCCUCUGACCCAAUACAAUGGAAGUGAAUGGAACUCAGUUUGUUAGAUUUGAAAAAUAUAAUUGUAAUCUGUUUCCUGCUACUGUGGAUAACUCCAGUGACAACACAGUGAGGCUCCAUACACCUCCACAGUAUUGUAGUGGAGGCAGAAAUAUCACUAACUGAUAACUAAGAGUCUUGACAAAUGACAUUGGGCACUGUGGAUAAACCAGCCUUUACAUGUACACCUCAGAUAAACCAUACUUCAUAAAUUCCCAAACAACAACAGCUAUAUCAUACUUAACACUCUGCUGCUCUCACUUUCUCUUUAAUUUUAAAUUUAUUAUAAAUAAU